CGGCCAUGUGUGAUUGCAGUUUCCUCUGGGCGUCCAUUUCACCAGCCUGAAAUUAAUCAGCAGCGAGAGGGAGAGAGAGAAAAGGGGGGAGAAACCCCCCUUGUCAUCUUGAUCCCCAAGCAGAAGUAGAGCAGCAGCCCCCAGGAAUUCACACCAAUUCUCCCUCGCCAGGAUCUGCAGGCGGGCUCCCUGACUGGGAUCUGCUGGAGCAGGGGGACCCCCACAUCCUCCAGAUUCCCUGCCAGAAAUCUACUGGACCAACCCCUCUUCAUUCCUCCCCAGGAUCCGCAGGAAAAGCCAUCAGGAGAUCGCCUGUCCCUCCUCCACUCCAGCCCUCCCCACCCCCAGUUUGGAGGCGUUUGCUCUUCGCUGGCUGAGGGGGAAAUCUCUGAAUCUGGCUGGACAGUUUUUUUACUUUGAAGCCUCUGGGCUUCUUUCCUCCAUCUCUUCCACCGCUGACAGUAAAACCCAGCCUCGCAGAGCUCUACAAGGGGCUGUCCCUCCAUGCCACCCUGCAGCACCAACAGCAUGGAUUUUGUGUCUGUAAAGGGGAUGCUGUAAUUUCAGCCUCCUGGACCUGCCCUGGUUGGAUUAUUUUUGAUAGCUCUGAUUUGAAAAGCAGCCACCAAGCCUUCCUGCCUGCCUGACCGUUCACUGCUGCAGCUGGAUUACAGCAGGGAAGCCUCAUUCCUGGGUUGCAGGGAGAGAAGGUUGCAGGAUCCUUCAAUCCCACCCCCUUCCUCUUUCCACAGCUCCGAGGAGAGUCCUGGCUCUUUGCAGCAUAUGUGGUGCAGCAGAGUGGAAGCCACUGCAGCAAAGGAAGCGCUUGUCUCGGGUGAUUUGGGGGAAAGGAAUUGAAAAUAAGAGGGUAGGUUUUGUUUCCGAGGGUCUGGGCUUCAUUUCCCAAACGCUCGUUCCUUUCAUGCAUGACACGGAUCCUGCUCUGUGAUUCCUUCAGGCGAUGGCCAUGCAGUAAAGAUGUCAGUGUCCAGGCUGAACAGUGUCAAUGGGUUUUUGGAGGACUCCAGGAUGGAGGUUGGGGACAUGGGGAGGAUCCUCAGGAGUUUGGAAAUUGGGACCGUGCUGACCUUGUUCUACCAAAAAAAGUCCCAGAGGCCAGAGAGGAGGACGUUUCAGGUGAAGCUGGAGACCAGGCAGAUCAUUUGGAGCCGGACGCCUGAGAAAGUGGAAGGAGACAUUGACAUUCGGGAGAUAAAAGAGAUCCGCCCAGGGAAGAAUUCCCGGGAUUUUGAACGAUAUCCAGAAGAUGCUCGGAAACUGGACUCCACCAUGUGUUUCAUCAUCCUGUAUGGACAGGAUUUCAGGCUCCGGACGCUCAGUGUUGCUGCCUUCUGUGAGGAAGACGUCAACAUGUGGAUGACGGGCCUGAACUGGCUGGUGAUGGACACUCAGAAAGCCCAGACGCCGCUGCAGGUUGAAAGGUGGCUGCGGAAACAGUUUGACUUGAUGGACAGGACGAGAGAAGGCAGUAUCACGGUGAAGGAUCUGAAGGCCAUGCUGCCCCAGGUGAACUACCGGGUACCCAACAUGAGAUUCCUGCGGGACAAGCUAGUGGAAGUGGAAGCCAGGAGCGACAUGGCCUUCACCCACUUCACUCACUUCUACAAAAAUCUAAUGUUUGAUGCUCAGAAAUCGAUCAUCGAGCAGCUGGAGCUCUCCUUCCCCUUGCGGAACGUUGACCGGGCGGAGCUGUGCCAGAUUACACUGUACGACUUCCAGAAGUUCCUGCAGCACGACCAGAAGGAGCCCUGGGCCAGUGACAUCGGCAAGGUGCGGGAGUACAUGUGUGGCUACCUCAGGGACCCCUUCAGUGACAUGACAGAACCCUUCUUCCAGCUGGAUGAGUUUCUGACGUACCUGUUCUCCAGGGAAAACAUGGUCAUGGACGCCAAGUACGAGCGAGUGGUCCCAGAGGAGAUGAACUACCCGCUGUCCCACUACUGGAUCUCCUCCUCCCACAAUACGUACCUGACUGGGGACCAGUUCUCCAGUGAGUCCUCGCUGGAAGCUUACGCGCGCUGCCUCCGGAUGGGCUGCCGCUGCAUAGAGCUGGACUGUUGGGAUGGUCCAGAUGACCUGCCAAUCAUCUACCACGGACACACACUCACCUCCAAAAUCAAAUUCCUGGAUGUCCUGCACACCAUCAAGGAACACGCCUUCGUGACCUCUGAGUUCCCCAUCAUCCUCUCCAUCGAGGACCACUGCAGCAUCGUCCAGCAGAGGAACAUGGCCUCCCACUUCAAGAAGGUCUUUGGGGACAUGCUGCUCACCAAGCCAGUGGACAUCAACGCCGAUGAGUUGCCUUCCCCCACCCAGCUCAAGAAGAAAAUCCUCAUCAAGCACAAGAAGCUGGUGGAAGGGAACCUUUAUGAAGAAGUCUCCACGGCCAGUUACUCGGAGAAUGACAUCAGCAACUCCAUCAAGAAUGGCAUCCUGUAUCUUGAGGACCCCAUUGACCAUACCUGGAGCCCACAUUACUUUGUGCUAACAAGCAACAAGAUCUAUUACUCCGAGGAGACGUCCCGCUACCAGUCCAACGAGGAUGAGGAAGAGGUGGAACAAAAAGAGGAGUUUAACAACAACGAGCUGCACUUCAGCGAGAAGUGGUUUCACGGGAAGCUGGGCGGGGGCCGUGACGGGCGCCAGAUCGCCGAGAAGCUGCUGCACGAGUACUGCACCGAGACGGGUGGGAAGGACGGCACCUUCCUGGUGCGGGAGAGCGAGACCUUUGUGGGAGACUACACCCUCUCCUUCUGGAGGUCCAGCCGAGUUCAGCACUGCCGCAUCCACUCCCGGCAGGAAGCCGGCACCACCAAGUUCUACUUGACGGACAACCUGGUGUUCGACAGCCUCUACAGCCUGAUCUGCCACUACCGCGAGGUGCCACUGCGGUGCAACGAGUUUGAGAUGAGGCUCACAGACCCCGUGCCGCAGCCCAACGCCCAUGAGAGCAAAGAGUGGUACCAUGCCAACCUGUCCCGCCUGCAGGCCGAGCACAUGCUGAUGAGGGUGCCCCGGGAUGGAGCCUUCCUGCUGCGCAAACGCAGCGAGCCCAACUCCUAUGCUAUCUCCUUCAGAGCGGAGGGCAAGAUCAAGCACUGCCGGAUCCAGCAGGAGGGCCGGCUCUUCAUGCUGGGCAGCUCCGCCGAGUUCGAGAGCCUGGUGGAUCUGGUGAGCUACUACGAGAAGCACCCGCUCUACCGCAAGAUGAAACUCCGCUACCCCAUCAACGAGGAGACGCUGGAGAAGAUGGGCACUGCCGAGCUGGACUAUGGAGCCCUGUAUGAAGUGCGAACCCCUCACUUCUACGUGGAGGCCAACAAGAUGCCAAUGGCCAGGUGUACGGUGAAGGCCCUCUACGAUUACAAAGCCCAGCGGGAAGACGAGCUCUCGUUCUGCAAACAGGCCAUCAUCCACAACGUGGACAAGCAGGAUGGAGGCUGGUGGCGGGGAGACUACGGGGGCAAGAAGCAGCUGUGGUUCCCAGCCAACUACGUGGAGGAGAUCAUGAACACGCUGGUACAGGAGCAGGACGAGGCUUCGGCAGAAAACAGCCCCCUGGGGAACUUCCUGAAAGGGUUCAUUGAUGUACCGUCCUGCCAUGUAGUUAUCUCCAAAGACGGGAGGAGCUCCAAACCAUUUGUCUUCACCAUCCAUUCCCAGCAGAUGUCCCACCCGUCCCAGUCGCUGGACGUGGCUGCAGACACACAGGAGGAACUCAACGACUGGGUGGCCAAGAUCCGAGAGGCCACACAGAACGCAGAUGCCAGGAUGCAAGAGGGGAAGAUCAUGGAGCGGAGGAAGAAGAUCGCCCUGGAGCUCUCCGAGCUGGUCGUUUACUGCCGCCCGGUGCCAUUCGAUGAAGAGAAGAUCGGCACAGACAAGGCUUGCUAUCGGGACAUGUCCUCCUUCCCUGAGACCAAGGCCGAGAAGUACGCCAACCGCAGCAAGGGCAAGAAGUUCCUGCAGUACAACCGACGCCAGCUCAGCCGCGUCUACCCCAAGGGCCAGCGCCUGGACUCCUCCAACUACGACCCGCUGCCCAUGUGGAUCUGCGGCAGCCAGCUGGUGGCCCUCAACUUCCAGACCCCCGAUAAACCAAUGCAGUUGAACCAGGCCCUGUUCAUGCUGGGAGGCCGCAGCGGUUACGUCCUGCAGCCAGACAUCAUGAGGGACGACUUGUUUGACCCCUUUGACAAGAGCAGCCUGAAGAUUGUGGAACCCAUCACUGUGCAGCUCCAGAUCCUAGGCGCCCGGCAUCUCCCCAAGAACGGCAGGAGCAUCGUGUGCCCCUUCGUGGAGGUGGAGGUCUGCGGCUCGGAGUUUGACAGCAGCAAGAACAAGACGGACGUCGUAGCUGAUAACGGCCUGAACCCCGUGUGGCUUUUCAAGCAGUUCGUCUUCGACAUCAACAACCCUGAGUUUGCCUUCCUGCGCUUCGUGGUGUACGAGGAGGACAUGUUCAGUGACCCCAACUUCCUGGCCCAGGCCACCUUCCCCGUCAAGGGCCUCAAAACAGGCUACCGGUCAGUGCCCCUGAAGAACAGCUACACUGAGGACCUGGAGCUCUCCUCCCUGCUCAUCCACAUUGAAAUCAUCAACGCCAAGGAAGAAGACGAGGAGAACCUGUACUCCUCCAUCCAGCAGCUGCGUGACCGAGCCAGCGAACUCUCCAACCGGGUCUCGAGCUUUGAACACAGCAACAACUGUGACUUGCGCCACCAGCAGUGGCUGGAUGAGCUGCGGGCGGCCAAGGAGCGGCUGAUGGAGCUGACCGAAGUGCGCAACAGGAAGUUGAUGGAGAAAAAGAAGAGAGAUCGACAGAUGGCCAACAAGCACAACUGAGCCAGCCGCGGGGCUCUCCCAGCUGGGGCCCUCUGCUGGGGAGCCUGGAAAUUCUUGCCUGCAGGAGAUCUGGCUGCUGCUACCAGCCAUCCCCCCAACAGUCCACUUUUCCAGCUGGCUGGUUGCUAUAACCCUGCAUCAGUCAGCUGCUCUGGGGGAAGAGACAUUGGCUGCUAGAACUGCAGCACUUGCAGGACCUGGAGAGCACUAGAGGUGGUUCUGAAGAUGGGAGCGCAGAGCUGUGGUAGCACCUUUCCUGUUGUCAUAACCAAGCUUUUCAAGGAGAUGGAAAAGGGGUUACGUGCCAGGACACGCAAUGCCUCUCAAGAGGAUUCGAGCAGCUACCCGGGGCAGGGGUUCCCAUCAGCUCCCUUAUCCCCAGUCAGUCUGAUCUGCUUCAACAUCUGUUUAAAAAAAAAAAUUUCACCACCAUGAGACUUCCGAAGGGGGGGAGGGGAGAGGGACAUCUCAAGAGCUGUAGGUUCAAAUCCUUCCGUAGGUCACCAGUCUGUGUGUGUUUGCGUGGGGUCCCUAGAUGACAUUUCUCUGCAGUACAAAACCACUGCACGCCCAGGGGCCCUGGGAGGGCCAAGGGGAGCAGGGGUGACUGCAGAGCAGGAUUGAGGGGCAUCGGCCGAGCUGUACAUGGCCCGGGGGGCUGCAGGUUAUAAUGGAGGGACAUCGGCAGAGUGGUGUGUGGAGCCCCUUGGGUUGGAUAGCAGGAGGUGUGUGCUCUGCCUGGCUGUCGCCCCUCACAAGGGUUAGAGGAAACCCUGCCCCCUAUUUAUUUAUUUAUUGGGAGGCUGGGGCUUGAUCCCUUGCUCUGCGGCCCUUUAGAGUUGGGGUGACACUUGCUGAUGUGUUGCAGCUCCCCCUGUGCCUGCAGGCCCUGGGGAGCUGCUGUGCCCCCAAGGCUUCUGCUCUGCAAUGAGCGAAACGGCUCUGAAUUGCCCUGCAGACAUUUCCAAGGGGCAGCCAAAGGCUACUACCAGUCAACCGGACAUGCUGGGGGGCAGAGGCCUCAGUGCAUCACUGGGAGCCUCAGGUUGAAUGGCCAAGAGCGGGAGCCACACAGCUGUGGGGGGCUUCCCAGCCCUGCACCAGUAAGACAGGCACAUGCCCAUUCCCCCUUGCUGGAGUUCGUAGUGCUCAGAGAGAAUCAUUCCCUCCUCCUGGAGCAGAUCAGAGCCUGGGCAGCUGCCCGGCCCCAGGCUGGCGAGUGGAGCUCCUGGCUCUGCCUUGCCUUGUGCCGCUGAGGUCGGGGUGUUCUUGGCAUUGCCACUGAAAGGGCUUUUCACCUGUGCGUUACACGCUGCCCAUCACCUCGUUAGCUCGAAGGAUGCAGGGAACCGGGAUGAGGAAUCGGUGGACUGAGAACCAGCUGCACUCUGCACGUAGCUAGGGCUCUCCAUCGCCCCAGUGCCGGACAGCUCCACAGCCCCCGGCAGGGAGGCGAGUCAGGAUCGUUCGCCCCACUGGACCAACCAAGAAACCGAGGCACAGAGAAGGGAAAGGGGCAUGCAACAAGCGACUGGCUUCAGACCCAGGCGUCCGACCGAUUGUGCUGCCACCCUGCACCUUUGACCUGAGAAAGGACUAUCAGCCGGCGCCACAGACAGGAGCCCGGCUCACUCAGACCCACUUCUGAGCCCCUGCCCAGAGCAGGAACACAGGCUGUCCCGCCCUUCGGGUGUCACAUACUAACAGCUGGGAUCUCCAGCCAGUAUGGAUGAGACGCUCGCUGAGCCAGUGCUGAGGUCUCCAGGCCAUUUAGCGGCACAGGGAAGAUUUAGACCCAGGAACUGUGCUGGGAUCUCGAGAAAUAGCUGAGAUUUCUUUUUUCAAUGUGUGUAUAAACUACGGGGAGAGGUCUGUGACUAGCCUCGGUAUCAGGGCAUGUGGAAAUGAUGCACUGUCCCCUUAGAGACCUCACAGAAUGAAGAAGUGGGGUCAGGCCUGGGCAGAGCUCCACCUGCACGCUGCAGGGGCGGGGGACAGUCGCCUUUUAGCGCAGAUGUAAAACCAAGGCCCUGACCACCCGCAGUUAGUAAGUGCCCUGGGCAUGUUCCUUUGGUGUUGUUAUUACGAAUCCCAUUUGUGGGGCCGUAAAUAGAGGGCGGAAGAGGAGGGUUGACCUGACACCAACCCCCUUCCUCACAGGACUGACAAUCUAAACUCAGGUGACAGACCAUAAACAGGACCCAGUCACUGGAGCUUGCAGGCCACAUCUGGGGAACGUGGAGGCAAAGGGAGCUCGGCCUAUGAUCGUGGGGAGGUUGUUCCAAGCAUGUGGCGCAGGAUGGAAGAAAGUAGGAGAUGGGGGUGAACAAUGGCAGGAGGAGGGUAGGCACGAAACUCCAGCUCAGGUAACUACAUUCUGCCAAUCUAGCAUGCCCAGCGCAGUUACAGUCAGAGAGUUUAUCCUUGCUCGCCCUUCUUUAAACACUGUUGUGUGGUGUUGCUGUGUGCUGUUAAACAGCUGCCACAUCCCACCCCAGAGCUGGCUGCAUUUCAGGGAUCACUCUAUAGAGCACUUUGGGAUCCUUCAGGAUGAAAUGUGCUAUAUUAUUAUUAUUGUUAUUUUAUUUGUAUGACAAUAGCUGAUAUCAGGGCUGCAUUGUGCUAGGUGCUGCACAAACACAUAGUUACAGGCAGUCCCUACCCCUAAGAACUUAUUAAAGAGACACAGCAGGCAAAAGGUGGGAGGGGACACUGAGGCACAAAGUGGUGAAGUGACUUACCCAAGAUCACCCAGCAGGUCAGUGGCAGAGCUGACCAUAGACACCAGUCUCCUGAGUCCCUCCCGCUGGUGGUGCAAUCCACUUUGCCAUACUGCUACAGAAGGGAGCUGGGAAGAAACCAAACGCCUGGCGGAGAUUCCCCUGCCCUCCCAGCUGCUGCAGAUCCCUGCCAUUUCAUCGCUCCUACAUAAAUCCCUUCUUUUUAAAAACAGUACCUCUGAUCUGAGAGCAGUGAAGGGGCAAGUGAAACCCCUUCCGAGGAAUCCCAGACAGAGCUCAGCCUUCCAGAGCCCCAGUGGGAUAAAUAAAAGGAGGAGAGCAGGAAACCACUUUGGAUUCAUGCCUGUGUUGUGAGGGGUUGUCCAACCUCUCAGCUCCAAAAAUCAGCAUCUCAGGUCCACCCAGCUCUGGGAUUGUUGCGAAUGUAACAUAAUAAGGGGGGGAUGCCAGGAAAAUGCCUGAGGUGCCUCAGUGGGCCAGAUGCAGCCUGGGUGUAAGCAUUGAAGCCAGUGGAGUUGUGCCCACCUAACCAUGGCUGAAUCUGACUCAAUAUUUGUUUUGGACCCAUGUGGAUGAGAAGGGGGGAAGCCGGAUUCUGGUUUCCCUCCCCUGUUAUAUAGGAGGUGCACAGUUGUACGUCAGCCCCUGGAAAGUGCUAGGAGACGCUGGCACCGGGGCAGGUACUGACGUUUCCAAGAGUGGCUAAUAAAAGAAGCACAAGGGAACCAGCAGCUGGAAGACUGGUCUUUGCAGCAGCUUCAGGCAGGCAUCGGGUCAGGAUGUUAUUGUAGGUCUCAUGCAGGAGGAUAAGGUGUAUCGAUGGGGGAUCAGGCGUCCUGCUGGUGUCACUGCAGGGAGAUCUGUGAAUUCUUUGUAUGAAAAUAAAUCUAUUUAGCCAAUAUUUAUACA